AUGUCCAAAACAGUGCUCGUAACGGGCGUCUCGAAGGGUAUUGGACGGGCCAUUGUCGAACAGCUACUCAACUCUGACGAAAAAGUCAAGGUGAUUGGCAUUGCCCGGUCUCUGAACGAUCUCAAAGAGAUGCAGAUCAAACUUGGUCCAAGAUUCGAGUAUCUGUGUGCGGAUGUCACCGAUGAGCAAGCCGUCAGCGAUUUUUUGACCUCUAAAGCAUCAGUCGUGGAUGCCAUUAUAGCAAAUGCGGGUACUUUGUCGCCUGUUCAGAGUGUGAAUGAGGCAGAUAUAAGCCAGUGGAAACGGCUAUUUGAUAUUAACUUCUUCAGCGUUGUGUCCCUGGUGACCCGCCUGUUGCCACAGCUUCGAAAGUCGAGUCAGGGAGACGUGAUCUUGGUCAGCUCUGGUGCGAGCGUCAAACCCUACUACGCAUGGGGCGCUUACGGUGCAUCCAAGGCAGCGCUCAACCACUUUGCUACGACCUUGGCAUCAGAAGAAGCGAACGUGCAAGCUGUGGCCAUCGCUCCUGGUGUCGUAGACACCCAGAUGCAAACCGAAAUUCGCGAUAGUUUAGGACCCGCCAACAUGACGCGAGAAGCUCUAAAGCGAUUCACCGAUCUACACGAGAAGGGCGAGCUUUUGAGUCCUAAAGUCCCGGCCACAAUUUACGCCAAUUUAGCUUUGAAGGGCAUUCGUGCAGAAAUCAAUGGGAAAUACCUUCGCUACAACGACGCUCAAUUAACAGAAUACAGUUAA